GAUUGUCCUGAAAAUUAAGGACAAAACCUGUCAGAUACGGACAUCAAUUCAUCUAUUGUGCAUAAGAACAACAUUAGCAUCGAUUACUGCUCCUAAAUCUGUAGAAAAUUUGCAAAUAGUAAAAAACAAAAAGAGUUGUUUAUACGAAGAACUGUGUGUAACGAUGUCAACAAAUUAUUUUUUUAUAAGCACAGAUGUAUUGGGUAUGUAUUAGUGAAAAUUUAUGGGGAUGAACAAUGAUCUUCUCCAGCACGUGGUCCUCCACGUCUGUGUCCACAACGCCAAAAUUUUAUAAACAUUUGAACCGCAAAUCUUCACAUUUAAUGAAGAUAAAGAAAUGCGGAAACAAACAAAAUGCCCAAUAAUUUAGUUUAUUUAUUCAUUGAUUAAUCCAAAAAUUGUCGCAGGAAUAACUGUGAUUUAUCUCAGUAAAGACAGUUGAUCCCCAGAUAACUUUGUGAUAUUAUCCCAGAAACGAGUUUUAGAUGAUUCACCUUUUGUUGGGUAUCACUUCAUUCAAUUCUUUUUCAUGUAAAGGAGUUCGGUAGUAGGAAGAAGAAACAGACCAGAGGGUGUGAGUGCCAACCAUGACACUGCUGUGAGACGGGCAACAGCAGGACCAAAACAAAAAGGCAAAAGUGUCCCUCUUAUCUCACAAAACACAGUCCGAAACCCCAUUUCACUUUCUCUGCUCUCCCCGAUUUUUAAGGGAGGGGGUAAUUUAGCCCUUCUUUCUGUCCUUGCAAUUUGUUAUUCAACCUGUAGGAUGAUUGUUAGUACACAGUCGAGUCCUCAUCCUGCCUGUCUGCAAUUCAUAGAAGUAGAUAGUCAUCAUUCCCUAGUGUCUCUAUGCUGAGUCUGAUCUGCUCAGAUUUGGGGUUUAUUUGAUGUUAAAAGAACACCCAUUUGUACAAGUUCAUUGCAAUUCUCAAAAUUCAUUCUUACGCAGAUCUGGAUUUAUAACAGAGAAGUAUAUUUUCUUUUUGAGCAAUUAGUUCAAUUUAUUAUUUGUGGAAUUCAUGAGAGCCCGUCAAAUUUGUUUAGUUACAUAAAAGGAGGUAUUAUCAAUGUGGUCUGGUUCUCCAAGUGUGGAUGGAUGUACAUGAAUCACUGGAGGCAUUCCAGAAUCGUGCAGCAGCAGAUACCUCAAGACCACCAUUGGUUCUGGCAGACAAGAGCAAUGGAACCACCCACAUGUCUCGAACUAGGGAAGUUAAUUCAAGGUAUAUGUCUGCUACACCAUCAACGCCUACUAGUUCCAGGCGCUAUUCCUCUCCAAACGUCACCAGACCAGUCACUACAUCCUCCCAAUCGGCGCCCAAGAGAGCUGUAUCAGCCGAAAGGAAGCGGCCAUCUACGCCAUCGUCACCACGAAGGCCAUCUACACCAUCAUCACCACGAAGGCCAUCUACACCAUCAUCACCGCGAAGGCCAUCCACCCCAGUUCAUGAUACAUCCAUGGAGUUGAAUCUGGCGUCCAGAAAGAUACCUAGCAGUCGUCACCCUGAGGUUUUAUGGCCUUCCACAAUGCGUAGUCUCAGUGUUUCCUUCCAGUCUGAUACGUUUUCUCUCCCUAUUAGUAAGAAAGAAAAGCCAGUUGCUCAUGCCCUGUCUGAUCGCACUCUGAAGCCAGCUUCAAAUGUAGCACAAAAACAGGCUGAAACACCACUUGUUUCAAGAAAGCCUACGCCAGAGAGAAAGAGAGCUCCUCUUAAAGGAAAAAAUGCCACUGAUCAGUCUGAAAAUUCUAAACCAGUUGAUAUCUUACAUGCUCGGCUGGUAGACCAGCAUCGGUGGCCAAGCAGAACAGGUGGAAAGGUGUCUUCCAAUCCUUUAAAUAGAGGCAUGGAUCUAGCUGAUAAGACAGCUAAAACCUCAAGAUUACCAAAUACAGGAAUUGGGAUGCCUUCCCCGAGAAUUGGGAUGUCUUCCCCAAGGAGAAUGUCAUUUCCUGAUGGCUUGAUCAAACCCUUGAAAAAAUCCACCAGUGAUGCAGCGCUACAGGAAUCAUAUUCUGAUUGUGGAUACAUGGAGGUUGGAUUGCAUUCAGUGGAUGAAAACAAACUACAGGAAUCUGGAUUAGACAAGCCUGUUUCUUCGUUUUCGUUAGAGAGAAUGGCAUUAGUGACUCCUGCUGCUAAAUCUCAGUCUUUGCCUGCACAUGGAUCAAGGUUUCCGUCGCCAGGUAAGGCAUCGGGUUUAUCAUCUUCUGUUUCUAGAGGUGUCAGUCCAUCUCGAACAAGGCCCUGGAGUCCGGCUUCUAGAGGUGUCAGCCCAACUCCGAUGAGGCCAUCCAGUCCAACAAGGCAAUCCAGCAGUACGACUUCUGUACUCAGUUUUAUUGCCGACAUUAGAAAAGGAAAAAAGGCUGCUAACCACAUAGAGGAUGCCCACCAGCUCCGGUUACUAUACAAUAGACAUUUGCAAUGGCGAUAUACAAAUGCUCGAGCAGAUGCUGCUUUAAACAAACAGAAAGUAAUAGCUGAGAAAGCGUUGUAUAAUGUGUGGAGAACUAUGUCAGAGUUGUAUAAUUCAGUAAAUGAGAAGAGGAUGGUCAUCCAGCAGCUGACGCUGAGGCUGAAGCUCUAUGCAGUACUGGAAGAACAAAUGGCCUACCUUGAGGAGUGGGCUUCAAUUGAAAGAGACCAUACUAGUUCUUUAUCUCAGACAAUUAAGGAUCUACAAUCAAGCAUUCUUCGUCUUCCAGUUACUGGGGGUGCAAGGGUGGAUGUUGAAACCAUGAAGGCAGCUGUUUCCUCAGCUGUUGACAUGAUGCAGGCAAUGGGAUUUUCCAUUUGUUUUAUACUCCCAAGGGUGGAGGGGGUGAACUGUCUGGUGUCUGAACUGGCUGAUGUGGCAGCACAGGAGAGAGCCUUGCUGAAUGAAUGUGAAGCAUUAUUGGCUUCAUCAGCAGCUAUGCAGCAGGUAGAGGAAUAUAGCCUUAGGAACCAUCUUAUACAACUAAAACAAAUUACCAAUAAUGGUCAGCAGCCACCGGACGGGGACCGGAGCACCUACUUGACUGCCCAAGUUCUAAGCUAACAACCUUCUGUUUGCCUCUUUAGCAACAACAAACAACAGUACCUGCUUAGGCCUCAAGAGAGUGUAUAUUGAUGUUUUUUUUUUUCAUUUUCUUUUUCCUAAUUAUUAUGGGAUAUCUAUUUCCUUCAAUCCUUUUCUCCUUUAUUUAGUAAAGAGCUGUUAAUUCCAGUCCUACAUGUAAUUUUUGAAUUACUCGAUGGAAAAGAAAAUGCAUAGCAAAGUUCAGGAUAUUAUUUUAGAGAAA